UCGUAAGCAAUCAUUAAAUUACACAAAGUUUAAGAAUAUGAAGGUUGAAGUUGAAAUAAUCUCUAAAGAGAUUAUCAAACCCUCUACUCCCACCCCUGACCAUCUUCGCCGUUACCAGCUUUCUUUCCUCGAUCAAUUAUCUCCCAGCUGCUACAGUCCUUUUCUUUACUUCUACGCAUUAAACGAUCACAUCAACGAGCCCAACCUCGUUGAAAACAUAUCCCAUAAGCUCAAGGAAUCUUUGUCCCAAGUCCUAACCCUUUACUACCCUCUAGCCGGAAGAUUCACAAACGACGAUUUCGUCUAUUGCAACGACGAUGGAAUUCUCUUCUUGGAAGCUCGAGUGCGGAAGUGUGAACUCUCUGAUGUUGUUAACGAUACAGUCUCAUCAUCCUCUGAAGUACUCAAUAAGCUCUGUCCUUUCAAACUCGACGAACUCGCCGAGUUACCCCUUGGAAUCCAACUCAACAUCUUUGAAAACGGAGGGAUCACUAUAGGUGUAUGCAUUUCGCAUCGGCUUGCGGACGCCUUGUCAUGCCUUGUCUUCAUCAAAAAUUGGAUGGCCAUUGCUCGUGGUGACUGCGUUAUUCGACCUGAAUUUUCUUCAGCUGAGCUCUUCCCUCCAAAGAAUACAAGCUGGUAUAACGAAAAUAGUCAUAUGAAAAAAAUUAACACAAUUGCAACAAAGAGAUUUGUGUUUGAAGCUUCUGCGAUUGAGGCUCUACGAUCCAUAUACGACAAAGAAAUUAGAACAAAUCAGUUAUUAGAACAUAACACUCGAGGUCCUUCUCGUGUUGAGGUCCUGUCCACUUUCAUAUGGAGCCGUUUCAUGGCUGCGACUAGGGUUGAAUCCGAACAGUGCGAGACCAUUUUCACUAUUCAUCAAGCUGUGAAUCUUCGUCCAAAGUUCGAUCCUCCAUUGCGGGAGCAUUCUUUUGGAAACUAUUAUCGUACUUCCACGACAGUUGCGUCCGGUACAAGUAAUCUUGGUGGACUGGCUAAGAAGAUGGGUGAAGACGUAAGAAAGCUCGACAAGGGUUUUGUGGAGAGUCUUCGGUUCAAGGGAGAUGAGUACUUGGCUUCUCUCAAACCAAAUAAUAAUGAAGUGAAAUCAGAGGAGUUGGUUCUAUUAGUGUUCACUAGUUUGUGUAGAUUUCCACUUUACGAAGCUGACUUCGGGUGGGGCAAGCCCACAUGGGUUAGCUCAGCUGCUCGAUGUUUCAAGAAUGUAGUGGCUUACAUGGACGAUAAAACGGGCCAUGGAAUAGAGGCGUACAUUAGUUUGAAACCCGAAGAAAUGGCUAAGCUUGAAGCUGACAAAGAGUUUUUGUCAAUGGUGUCUUGCCUCAACCGAUCCAAUUGUGUCUGAUCGAUCGAUGUUUGAGUAUUCCAAGAAAAAGUCAAGGUCGUGUAAUAAUUAAUUAAGAGCUAGUGCUGUAUGUUACUAGAACCAACUCCUCUAGUGGAGGAAAUGAUUAUUUCUUUGUUUUUAUUUCUUUCUCCUCUUUAUUAUGUAAUAUUUUGUUUAUGUUUUAUGGCUUUUGAUUGGCUAGCCAGAACGUAGGAUCAUGUAGUUUGAAAUGUAGUUUAUGUAAUUAAUAAGCUGAGUAACA